GUUUUUUCCUCGCUUUCUCCAAUCUUCAACCGAAUCGAACCCCAGCUUGAAGCUGGCCUGAAUCAGCGAUCUCUCUCUCUCUCUCUCUCAGAAAGUGAUAACAAGGAAAGGAGAAAAAAUGUCAAGAGAAAUUGAGCAAGAGAGUUUUCAUCAUAUGUGUCAUGAACAUCCGCUGAGUCUGAUCCCCGACUCGUCCGAAAAAAUUCAUCGCAUCUAUAAGUGUCUUGGUUGUUGGAGAUACUUUUCACCCGGAGAAGUAGCUUAUGGAUGCAUCUCUAAGUUGUGUAUAUAUGGUAGGUUGUUACACAAAGAAUGCAUGGAAAUGCCUCAAGAGAUCAUGCAUCCUAUCCAUCCUUUACACCCUCUCACAAUGUAUAAGCCAAAAGAUUUGUCUGAAACAAAAAAAUGUGCAAUUUGUGAAAAGGAUGUGUAUGGGUUAAGGUACAGAUGUAGCCAAGAGGGGUGUGAUGGAUUGUGGAUCCACUUGGUAUGCGCAGGGGCUCGUAACGAAAAGCACUCUCAUGUGGAGCACCCGAGCCACCCUGAGCACCAGCUUCGAUUUUCGAAGAAAACGAGGUGGUGUCCAUUCCCCUGCGAUGCCUGUGGUGCCACUGAGAAAGGGGACUCCUACACCUGCACUGUCUGCGACUACUCCAUACACCAGAGUUGCGCACUCCUACCGCUGUCUAAGGACAUCCCUCAUCAUCACCACUCUCUCUCCCUCGCAUUUUCUCUCCCAUAUGAGUACAUCCCUUACGAAUUUGAUUGUGCUAUAUGUAGCUUAACUUUACCGUUGAGACGUUGGGUCUAUCAUUGCAAGCUCUGCAGAUAUGUCGUCCAUCUCAACUGCGCCACCUCCACAUUUGAUGAUGAAAAUGAAAAUGGAAAUGCAAAUGCCAUUGAUGAUGCGAAAGUGGUUACCAAGUUUCCAAAGACAGAAGAUGACAUAUAUGAGGAGAUGAUCAGACCCUUCGUGAAGCGACAAAGAGGAAAACUUGACAUCAUCCCUCCUCAUGAUCAUGACAAUCACAAUAUCGGUGGCAAGUACAGCUUCUCCAAUCACCCUCAUCUAUUAACUUUUACUACAUUUUCUUUAGCCUCAUCGUCUUCUUCGUCAUCGUCUCAUUAUCACUGCAAAAUAGAUGAUGAUGAUGAUGAUGAUGAUGAUGAUGAUGGUAUUCCAAGAUCGGAAAUAAUAUGUGAUGGGUGCACACUGGCUAUACAUGAAAAGAAGGAAGCAAAUGAUGAUGAGUAUGAGAGUGGUUACAUGAGUUGUGAUGAAUGCAAAUACUUUCUCCACUUGUCCUGCUUCGACUCACCACUUGAGAUCCCCUCUCUUCCUAUUCAUUUGCUCAAUGAUCACAACCUAAGGCUUCAAAAUGUUGAUGGCAAGCUCACAAAUUGGAUAUUCUGUAUAAUUUGUUAUGCUUAUACUAAUGGUCUCUAUUACGUCUGUACCAACAAAGAGUGUUGGUUCAGAAUAGAUAUCAAGUGUGCUUCUCUACCCAACACCAUUAAACACGCAGCUCAUCCAAGACAUAAUUAUCUCAAUUUUGUCAAGGGCGAUAAUUCUAGUUUCUGUUAUAAGUGUCGUGGUCUCAUAUCUAACGAAAGUGGAGAAUACAGAUGCGAUAGCUGCAGAUUCCGUGUGUGUGCUAAAUGUGUGAUGCUACCAGCAACAAAUAAGCAUAGAUUGGAGAAUCACUUGUUGUCGCUGACAUAUGAGGCCUAUGUUAACCGUCCUGGUGAUUUCUACUGUAGCAGCUGUGAACACCUAAUGCACCCCAGGUUAUGGAUGUAUUAUUGUCGAGACUGUGAUCAAUCCUUUGAUCCCGAAUGCUUUCCUGCCACGUCGGGUCGGUACAGAAACAUCAAAUAUGGGACAAAGCAGUAUGUGAUAUCCAUUCAUGAUCAUCCUCUCAGAUUUCAAAUCAUAUCCAACAAAAAGAGAUGUGAUCAAUGUCAUGAAGAUAGUUAUGAUGAGCCCGGAUUUCAAUGUGCGUCAUGCUUCUUUGCCGUGUGUGUAGAGUGCGGUUUGAAAUGCUUGGGUGAUGCCUAGAGGCAAUUUUAUGCAAAUAAAAAAAAUGUCUCUUUUUAAUUAGGUUCAUGCUUAUGUAGAUUGUUGUAUUUGUGUUAUGAUGUGUGUUGUUCUUGUAUCUUAUGUAUUUGAUUAUUCUUAUAUGUAAAGAUUUUAUCAA